AUGGCAUCGAGGCCCGCUCGGCCAAAGCCCCUAGACUGGGUGUCUCCUCCACCUCUGACUGUCUUUAUCCGAAACCUCAAACUCCUCCAACUGGACCAGCGCGACGAUUGGCCCGACAUCACUCUCCGCGCACUAUCUCCGUCAUCCCAGAAUCAACGACAGCGAAUCCGCCUGGUAGAAUGGGCUCUCUACUAUCUAUUCGCAAUCUGGGAUCCAGAAUAUGCUCAAAAUAAACUCCGACCAUUCUUUCCACCGCUAGAACCCCUACAAUCUGUGAACCUCCGCGCCGCCUUGUUCCGCUCGCUCGGUGAACUGAAGAAAAAUGGCGACCUGGGGGAGAAAUUCGAUGAGCUACUCGCUGUCUUCUCGACCGCCGUCCUCCGCAAGCUUCUUGCCGUUUCCGCACUUGAUACACCCUGGAAUCAAGCCCUGAAGGUCGCUACUGCGGCAGCUAUAUCCCCGACGGACUACCAGAAUCUCCUGCCCCUAGUCCUUGCCCACCAGGUGUCUCUUGGCGCAACAGGGAGACGCCGCGCACAGGCGCACGAGACAUACAACCAGGUCUCGCAACUUCUGGAUAACAAGAAGGUAGACCUUACGCAGCGAGCCAGUCUUCAAUCCGAAAAACUUCCGAACUACGAAGGGGUGAAAACGGCGGGACUGGCUCAAGAGCUUCAAGCGAACUGGCUGGGCAGCGAGGAGUGGGCUAUCACUUUACUCGACAGUGGAUCACACAGCAGUACAGAUGGGUUCUUGGAACUUCCAUUUUCGCAAGCUUGGGCACGCGCGAAAGAAUCUAGUUUGGACGGUCUAGGUGGAGGUGUCAAAUCCGAUCUGGUUGUUGACUUGGAGGCACGGGUCUUGCGUCUGCGGAGUCGCCUGCGCCGAUGGCAUGAAUACAACGAUUCGCUCCGGAAUGAGCUUGGCGACAAUUCCAAUUCAGCUGGAAUCACAUCUGCCGAGCCUCGCGUGCAGUUUCGAGAUCACCAAGCCAUGACGGUGGCCAGCAUAUCCAAAGCGGUGCGGCAGCCUGGUGACCGUGGAAGGUCGCUGAAAGAAACAGAUCAAUCCUUCAUGUCAAGUGUCAAUGAAGCUAUAGCAUGCAUCAAUGUCAAGGUGGAGCGCUUCGAAACUCGCCCUGUCCGGAAUACGGAACCUCUAGUCUCACAAUCACCACCGUGGGUCUCGUCAGAAGAACCAAGUGAUCAAAACAUAUCACCCUCACCUCUGGAGAUGACCAACCCCAUCAGCCCACCCUCAACCUUCAGUCCCCCAGAUAUUCGGACAAGUGACUACCAGGACAAUCUACACUCAUCGCCUCCAAUCGUCCGCCUCUCUCCAGACCAACACUCUACGGAACAACUAGAUUUGUUCCAAGAACCUGAACCCCUAAAACAACGACAACAGCCACCACAAAACUACACCUUAGCCGAACGAACCCGCAAAUCAAUGUCCCUCAUUCCACCCCUCCCUUCCCACGAAAACCCCCGACCUCGCCGCCGCGGUCCCCGUCCUUCAUUCCCAACCAACCAAUUCGAGACGCCCCGGAAAAUAUCCCAGCCUGCUAGUAUUCCCUCCCGCGCAUCAACACCGCAGGAUCAACUCUUUCAAGAAGAUGCCGAUUAUGCGAGUGUUUUCAAAUCGAGACCGCGGAUUGCAUUGAGUCCCGUCUCCUCGCCUGCGGUCCAUGUGAGUCCCUCUUUUGACGAGGAUGAAGAAUUCGACUUGGUGUAUGAUGAUGACUACGAUGAUGCGGAGCUGGAGGCUGUGGAUUCGCCUUUGGCUGCGCAGCGGGUGAGACGUUUUUGA